AGAGAGGAACCGAUUUCAAACAAAGUGGUGUUGUCAGUUUGUUUUUUUUUUUACUCGUGGAUAGUUGUUUGUUUUUCUCAGCGAGGGACGGAGGUGGCCGUUAACUCGGUUAACGUGUAACGUUAGCUAGCUAACGUUAGUUAGGUUAGCUGCUGCUGGCGGAACCCUCCAUCUCCUGUUUUGACCUGUAUAAUGUUAAUAUAACAGCACGCUGUGCUACGUUUGUUGUACUAUGGCCAAAGUGUCUCCGCGAUAGAUAAGUGUUACUAGCAGUCAGUAAGAGCCAUGGAGUUCAGCUUGAAUUCCAAACCGGAGAGAGUAGGAUCUGUUAUUGUAGAAGAUUUAAGAAAAGAUCUCUUUGUCGAAUUCUCCAAAAUACCUCCAUCUCAGGGACCUGUGGUACUGGAGAAGGAGCACUUGCAGGUCUAUCUCAGGAUACGCCCGUUUACUUCCACAGAGAGCAAUUUUGGUGAAUCGCAGGAUUGCAUUUCAGUCAACUCCCCCGACACUGUGGUUCUGAAGGCCCCGAGAACGUCACUAACAGCCAGGCAAAGUGAAAAACUAGGGCCCCAAGUUGCACAACGAUUCCAGUUUUCAAAGGUGUAUGGUCCAGAAACAUCACAAAGACAGAUAUUUGACGGAACAACGAAAGCCCUUGUGAAAGAUGUGCUGGGGGGAGAAAACUCCCUGAUUUUCACUUAUGGAGUUACCAAUGCCGGAAAGACAUUUACAUUUUUAGGUCCUGAAACUGAUGUGGGAAUUCUGCCAAGGUCACUGAAUGUGAUCUUUAACAGUAUUGAGGGACGAAUCUAUACUCAAAAUAACAUCAAGCCCCAUCGCUGCAUAGACUUCACAAGACUGACUAAAGAUCAGCAGGACGAGGAAGCAACAAUUAAGAAAAACAUACUAAGAAGAUUCAAAGAGAGUGAUUUACAGAAAAGCACCUCCAGCAUCUCACACUCUGCUUGUAGCACAUUACUUGAAGGGUCCAGCUGUAGUGAUUUGGAAGGAGAGAGUGUUUGCUUGGAGGAGGACUCCCAUGUCAAGUUCUCAGUGUGGGUUUCCUUCUGUGAGAUCUACAAUGAAAACAUCCAUGAUCUGCUGGACUUUGCUUCAAAUAGUUCACAGAGAAGGAAUGUUCUGCGCCUGUGCCAAGAUGUGAAAGGCAACACCUUUGUAAAAGAUCUCACAUGGGUGCACGUAAACAGUGCAGAUGAAGCAUAUAAAGUUUUGAAGAUUGGACGGAAAAAUCAGACCUUUUCAUCUACAAAGCUCAACAGUGCAUCCAGCAGAAGCCAUAGUGUUUUCUCCAUCCGAAUCCUGCGAAUUGAAGAUAUGGGUGUUCCUCGGGUCCAGACAAUAAGCGAGUUGUCUUUAUGUGAUCUGGCAGGAUCAGAGCGAUGUGCCAAAACCCAGAACAGAGGAGACCGCUUAAAAGAAGCUGGCAAUAUCAACACAUCUCUUUUAACUCUGGGGAAGUGCAUCAAUGCAUUGAGACUGAAUCAGACACAGUCAAAGUUCCAACAGCAUAUUCCUUUCAGAGAAAGCAAACUGACUCAUUACUUGCAAGGCUUUUUCUGUGGCCGUGGAAAAGCUUGCAUGAUUGUCAAUGUCAACCAGUGCGCUUCUAUGUUCGAUGAAACCCUGAACGUCCUGAAAUUCUCUGCAGUGGCUCAGAAGGUUGUAGUCCUGAACCCGAAGCCAGUAUUUAGUGCUAUGCCCAAAAAAUCAGCCAGAGACGUCUCUAUGGUGAUCAAUAAUGUGGACAAAAGAGAGUGGACAAGGAGAAGCACCCUCAUUGGGUGGGAGACAAGUUUAGAGGAUGUACAGGAGGAUGAGGAUGAUGAAGACAUGGAAGUACAAGAGGAGGAGGAGGAGGAGGAAGAGGAAGAGAGUGGUGAUGAGAGUAUGGCAGAAAACACUGUUUUAGAAGCUGGAGAUGAUCAAGAGUUGUGUGAGCUGCAACAGAAGGUCAAUGAGCUUCAAGAAAAGCUCUUCAAGACAGAAUCUGAAAAACUAGCUAUGGAAUCUCAAAUCAGGGAAGAAGUUACCACGGAGUUCAUGGAGCUGUUUUCUAACAUGGAAAAGGAUUACAAUGAACGUCUUCAGAGAGAGAAAGAAAUUGCUGAAGAAAGAGCUGAGAGGAGAUUGGAAAUACUCAAGACUUUAGUCAACAAAAAUGCCAGUGAAUUAGCAGAAGCAAGCUCUGGUGAAGAGGCAACUAAGGAGGCUAAGACAGAGUUUUUGGAUGGGAUGAUUGAAGCGAUGCAAAAUGACCUGGCUAAGAUAAAGAAAGAUGCAGAGGCAGCACAGACAUGUCUAGAGAGGGGGGCCCACUCUCCUGGAGCGGUCAGCAGGCUGAGGACGCAGCUGGACGAAAUGGCAGAAGAGCUCCUCAAAAGCCAGCAGCUCCUCAAUAUCAAAACCAAGGAAAUGGAAGCUGUGCAUGUGGAGCUACAAAAAUCUAGUGAAAAGCUACUGGAGGCCAACACGAAUUAUGAAAAUCAGAAAACAAGGUGUCAGGAGCUCAUGGCAAUCUGCCAAGAGAAAGACGAAAUGAUCUCCAAGCUACAGACUACUUUGGAUCAAAAUAUUGAGGCAGCUACUGAAGAUAAAACAUUUAUUGACACCAUUAAAGGAGAAAUAUUACAUUACAGAAACAACUGCAGAUGUAUGCUUAAUGAUGGCAAAUGGGAAACGAAAGACCAAGAAAUUCAGCAGCUCGUGCAAGCUUUAAAAGAAAAAGACAAAUGCUUGGAUGAGCUCAAACAGGAGCAGCUUUCACUUAUGCAGAAGGUGAACGAUCUUAGGCAGGAUCUCACAAAGCAGGCUCGUGCCUAUGAAGUUGCUGUGUCCUCACUUGAAACGGAAAAAGCAGCGACCAUGAAACUCUCAAAUGAGAAUAGGGCUCUUGCCAGCGAGCUCAAUGUGCUUCAGCAGGCAGCCAGUGAUAUGAACUCCAAGCUCAGAGCUAUGGAAACAGAAUUAAGCACCCAUGCGAGUGUGGCAGCCAAGCUUUCCGAGCAGCUCCAAACAGCCAAAGCUCUUAUCAGAGAACGUGAAGAAGAGUGUUGUGAGCAGUCCAGUAUGAUCGAAUCCUUGAAGCUGGAGGCUGAGGAACUGCGCCAGAAACUUAGCACUCAGGGACAAAAGAAAGGCUGUGAGUUCCAGGAAACCAUUGAGGCCCUCCGCAAAGAGUGUGAGGUGAUGAUGUCCAGCACCCAAGAGAAGAGCAGGAAAAUAAAGGCCAUGGAGCAAGAGCUCAGUCAGACCAGAGAAGAAAUGUGCCACAUCCAGAACCAGUGCAAUCAGCUUAAACAGGAGCGAGAUGCCCAAAGAGAAGAGACCCAGAACGUUCUUGGCCAUUACGAAGCUGAGAAGCUUGUGGUGGAGCAGAUGAAGGGAAGUCUGUCUGAGCUUCAAACAGAGCUGGAAGGUCUUAAGCAGCAGUUAGCACAGCUGGGGCAGCAUGAACAGGCCUUCACGCGUAGUUCUGAGAGAGUCUUGGAGCUGGAGAAGGAGCUUGCUGAGAGAGAGGCCCACUGCACAGCCUUGCAGAAGAAAUUGCUGCACACUCAGAAAGAACUUGGCCAAACCGAGGAGGUUUUGAAGAAAGAGCGGUGUAAAAUAGAAGAAGAGGAGGAGAAGAGGACUAUCGAGAGCUCUAAAGCAAGGGAUGAUGCGGAGAGGAGACGAGAGAUGGAAGAAGAGCUUCUUCAUAAGGAUGCAGAACUGGAAGCUAAAGCUCAGGAGCUCUUGAAGUCUGAAAAACAGGUGGAUGAUGGGCUGGAUAAAAUUGGGAGUUUAAGUCUUGAUCUGCAGCAAAAAGAGAAGCAUAUCUCUGAUCUUUAUGAAAAACUGUCUCAGAGCAGAGUAGAAACUGAACGACUACAGAAAGAGAUAACAUCUUUAACUGAAGAGAUCAGAAAGCUGAAGCAACAGCUCUGUGAGAUAAAGGAGGAGAAGGAUCAAGCACUGAACAGCUUGGCUUAUAAGGAGGAGGCUAUAGAACAGCUGAAGACUAAACACGCCAACGCAGUCAGCUCAAAAGAUCUCCAGCAACACCAGGAUGCUUGUCAGGCACUUCUGGCCAAGGAGAAGCUGAUUGAAGAAAUGUGCCUCAAUCUCACUGACAAAGAGAGGAUACAAAUAGAACAAGAGCAAGUUCUGGAGGCUAGACUGAAUGAGAUUGAAUCCUUAAGUGAAGAGCUCAUGAAGCUAAAGGAAAAGUGCCAAAGGGAAGGAGCUGCUGGCUCUGACGCUGGUAACUUGGACCAGGAGGAACAGAAAGGGGAACAAACUGCAAGAUGCUCAACAGCAGAUAAGAAGCUGGAGAAGAGCUUGGAAAGAGAGCGUAUGUCCCCUGAUGGAGCCCAAAGGCCAAAAGAGAAAGCAGACCAGAACUCCUCAGUGCUCUCCACGGAGAGUGAGAGAGAGGACAAACGCUUCCCCAAACCACAAGUGGAGAUCAGCUUCACCCCGCUCAAGCCUGACCGCGUCAAUGUCCGCAGGCCAGGAGAUGAGGAGUCAGUCACGGUCAAAAUCAGACGCACAGCUAGGAAAAGGAAGAGCGCUGAGAUGGAGAAGUCGGUGGAGUCAGAGAACAGAAAGAACCUGCGGCUCAGAGGAAACUCCAGGGCUAAUGUGCAGUCUGUGCAGUCUCCCUCAGUGCUUGGUAAAAAGGGCAAUCAAUUAAAGCACCAGGAUUCUCCCGUUAGCCUGAAAGGAAGAAAAGAUGGAACUUUGCAGAAGAUUGGUGACUUUAUCCAGAGCUCUCCAACCCUGCUAGGUAGCAAAGCUAAAAAAAUCAUGGCAAUGGUUGCUGUGAAGUCCCCAGAGUCACAGAUCACCAUGGACACAAACAAACCCAAGAGAUCCAAACGCAAGCUCUUCAAGACCCAGAUUUCCUCCCCUCUUGAUAUACCUUCUCAUCCGAUCAUUGGAGUAGAUCAAGACGACAAAGAAAGUGAUCAUCUCAUCAUCAAGAGAAAACUUCGAACCAGAACUGCUAAAAGAUGAUUCCGGUCAAGGGCAUUUUCAUGAUUCAGUUCUGUUCAGUAACAUUCCAGAAACCUUCUCUGUUUGGGAAGCUUUGAACAGUUUGAACAGUGAAAUUCUGUGUUAAUAGUCUGAUUUCUUCUCAUCUGUUGUGUGAUGUAUAUAAAUGUUUCACAGUUUCUAGUGCUUUUUCAUAUACAUUUAAACAUGGGACAGCAUGGGGACUGCAUUUGUAAAUCAUCAAAAUUUUGAGGGGAAAAUAUUAUGAUGAAAAUAGGAGAGAGGAUAAAAUAUGCUUCAGAUAAAUAAAGCUCCCAAAAUGA